AUGGCGGUCGGUAAAAAGUUGAACCGUAAGAAGACGAUGGCGGGCGUGGUGCGCGAGUCGUCCAUGUUGGACAGGGUGCUGACCACCACCGACCUGACAGCGUUGGGCGUAGGCAGCACCAUCGGCGUGGGAGUGUACGUUUUGCCCGGUGCCCUAUCGAAGUACGUGGCCGGUCCCGCCGUCGUCGUUUCGUUUUUCAUCGCGGCCGUCGCUUCCGUGUUUGCCGGAUUAUGUUACGCCGAACUAAGCAGUCGAGUCCCUAGGGCAGGAUCGGCUUACUCGUAUGCUUAUAUAGCCGUUGGCGAACUAGCAGCAUUCAUAGUUGGAUGGAAUUUACUUCUAGAAUAUACAAUAGGUGGAGCUAGUAUAGCCAGAGGAAUGAGUGUUUAUAUCGAUUCGCUGACAAACAAGACAAUGGAAACAGCUUUCAGAGGGCUUUACGAGAUCGAAUUACCAUACCUAGCAGAGUACUUCGACUUUUUCGCCAUGUUCAUUGUUCUUGUGUUCUCUGUCGCUCUGGCUUGCGGUCUCAAAGACUCAGUGCGUCUCAAUAACUUAUUCACGUUGUUGAAUUGUGCAAUCAUGGUCAUAGUCAUCGUUGGUGGAUCAUUUCACAUCGACUUCAAAAAUUGGUCACUACCGAAAGCUGAAGUACCCAACUGGGCAGGUGAAGGCGGCUUCUGGCCGUACGGUCUGCAGGGAGCACUACAAGGGGCGGCCACUUGCUUUUAUGGAUAUGUAGGAUUUGACUGUAUAGCUGCGUCUGGCGAAGAAGUGAGAAACCCUCAAAAGUCAUUACCGUUGGCUAUCAUAUUGUCACUGUUCAUUGUGUUCCUCGCAUAUUCCGGAGUGUCCGCCGUCCUCACGUUAAUGAUACCGUACUACGCGCAGGACGCAAAUAUGCCAUUAAGUCAUGCGUUCGACGUUAUUGGAUGGACACCUCUGAAAUGGAUCAUAGGUGUGGGAGCCGUUUUUGGGAUGUGUGCCUGCAUGUUCGGUUCAAUGUACCCGCUGCCGAGGAUUUUGUACGCCAUGUCCAACGAUGGUCUGAUAUUUAAAAGUUUGGGGAAAGUACACCCUAGGUUCAAGACUCCGUUUUUUGGAACGAUAUUUGCUGGCAUCAUUACAGGUUUUUUCUCCGCUCUACUAAAUCUCCAACAACUAGUGGACAUGAUGACAAUCGGCACUCUGCUCGUAUACGUCAUGGUCGCUGUGUGUGUACUGUACACGAGAUAUCAAGAACAAAGUGACAUGGACUACGAUAUAUUAGCUGACGAAUACAUCGAAUCUACGUCGUUGGUCACGAUAAAAGUAAAAUACACGAAGAAGCAAAUACUGAAACAGUUAUUCAACUGCCACAAAUUCGUGAGGGCAAACAGUCUUAGUAGCUAUGUAGCGUCUUUACAGACGACAUGUUUCACAAUAAUAUGUUUGCCUCUUGCUCUCUAUCUAAGUCACUGGUAUGAGCUAAACAGUACCCAUUGGAUUAUUGUCCAAGUUCUCGUAGGCGUCAUGAUUUUACAGCUUAUAUCCAUCGGUAUGCAACCGACGUCUAAAACGCCAGUCGCAUUUAAAGUGCCAUUUGUACCACUUACCCCAGCACUGAGUAUAUUUAUUAACAUUUAUUUAAUGUUCUUUUUUGACAUAUACACAUGGACAAAAUUCAUCAUUUGGAUGAUCAUUGGUUUUGCAAUUUAUUUUGGAUAUGGUAUCACACACAGCAAGGAAAACAAUCCAGAGAUAAAUAUUGUCAACAGUAAUCAAUCAAAAUCUUCAUUAAAUAUAGAUUGACAUAUUUUAAAUAUUUUUAAGAACAUGUUCUCAUUAUAAUUACCUACUAUCAAAGUAUCAAUGAAAAUAAUAAACAAAUAAAAACAU